AUGGAACCGCUCCUCGGCGAACCCAAGGCCUCCGCCUCAUCGUCGUCAAACAUGGGCUCAACAGUAACGGCGACCUUCCAGAUCGGAGGAAUGACGUGCGGAGCAUGCGUCGAAACCAUCGAGAGGAUGAUACGCUCCCAGCCUGGCAUCAAAUCCAUCUCUGUAGCACUACUGUCGGAAAAGGCAACGGUCACCUUUGACGACUCGAUCUGGACUCCAGCAAAAGUGGCCGAAGAGAUCGAAGAUACCGGCUUCGACGCCACAUUCCUCGACAUCAUCCGCACAGAGCAUCCAGACACCGCGACGGCAUCCAAAGAGGCUUCCUCCCAACCCACAGGCUCGAUAGCGCCGCUCGAAACCGCUCAGAUCAGCGUUUACGGCAUGACCUGCGCAUCUUGCUCUUCCACCAUCGAGCGUGAGAUCGCAAAAAUCGACGGAGUCAAAUCAAUAUCAGUAUCACUCUCCACAGAAAAGGCUCGGAUCGACUACGACUCGAGCAAGCUGGGCGUCCGCGACCUGGUGGAACACAUCGAGGAUCUCGGCUUUGAUGCAGUCGUGAGCGACGAUCGUAAUUCAACGCAGCUCGCAUCGCUCGGAAGGAUCAAAGAAAUUGCGGAAUGGCGCUCGGCUUUCCUCUUCUCGCUGUCCAUGGGAUUGCCUGUCUUUCUCCUGUCCAUGGUCCUACCCAAGUUCUCAUUCACACGUGGCAUUUUGUGGUGGCAGCCGAUAUCAGGUCUCUACCUCCAAGACGUUAUAUGCUUGGCGCUCACCAUCCCGGUUCAGUUCGGCAUCGGUCUGCGCUUCUAUCGCACGUCCUGGAAGGCAGUCAAGCACGGCAGCGCCACCAUGGACGUCCUCAUCGUCAUCGGCACUACAGCCUCGUGGACUUUCAGCGUCUUUUCCAUGAUUGCAAGGCUGUUUUGCGUGGACGAGCCUUCAGCAGCGACACAGCAAGUCGCCUCGAUGGCCGCACGCGGCGCAAGCAUGAUGGGCAUGGUGGUCCCGGGCCAAUGCACCAAACCAGCCACAUUCUUCGACACCACCACCAUGCUUUUCACUUUUGUCUCGUUCGGUCGUUUCCUCGAGAAUACGGCAAAAGGAAAGACCAGCGAGGCGUUGUCACGUCUGAUCGGACUCACACCCACCUCGGCCACUAUAUACACAGACGGAGUCGAAGGCAAGGUCGAGAAGAAGGUCGCGUCCGAGCUCGUGCAGCGUGGCGACUACGUCAAGGUGGUGCCGGGAGAAAGGAUCGUCGCUGACGGCGUCAUUGUGCGGGGCGAGUCGAUGGUGGACGAGUCCAUGGUCACGGGCGAAGCCGUUCCGAUCCACAAGCUGACCGGCAGCAGCGUCAUCGGUGGCACCGUCAACAGCACCGGCACAUUUGAUUUCCUGGUGCAGCGUGCAGGCAAGGACACGAGCCUCGCCCAGAUUGUCAAGCUCGUCGACGAGGCGCAAACGUCCAAAGCUCCCAUCCAAGCGUUCGCCGACCGAGUCGCCGGCUACUUUGUUCCUACCGUGGUGGCUCUUGGAGCGCUCACGUUCAUCGCGUGGAUGGUGAUCGCUCACCUCCUCUCGGGACGCAUGCUCCCCUCGGUCUUCAAUCAACAAGGUGUGACCAAGUUCAUGGUCUGCCUGAAGCUCUGUAUCAGCGUCAUCGUCGUCGCGUGCCCGUGUGCGCUCGGCCUGUCCACCCCUACAGCAGUCAUGGUGGGCACCGGAGUGGGAGCGCAGAAUGGCAUCCUCAUCAAAGGCGGCGGACCUCUCGAAGCCUCCACCACCAUCCGUCGCAUGCUUUUCGACAAGACCGGCACCCUCACGCUUGGCAAGCUGACGUUGCGCGAGGCCAUCUGGCCCAACAACGAGCAAGCGGGCCUAGAUACCAUCGCUGUGGGCGGACUCUCGCGUCGUCAGGUGAUCCGCAUCGUCGGCGCUGCUGAAAGCCGAUCCGAACAUCCACUUGCACGCGCCAUCGCUUCAUGGACGGCAAGCCAGCUUCAGACCGGCUCUACGGCCGCUUCCGAGCAGGAGGACAUGGCGAUCUCAGGUGUCAGCAUCGAAUCUUUCCAAAGCUUCACCGGCAAAGGCAUCGCCUGUCGUGUACAGCUAGAGGAGACGAUGACAGUCCAUGACAUUCGAGUUGGAACGUCCGACUUCAUCUUGUCGGGCGAAAAGCAUGCUCUCGACCAUAGCGCAUUCGGGGCGCAGGCAAGCGAAUUGCUUGCGCAGCAACAGUCGCAAGGACGAACAGCCGUUCUUGCCAGCGUGGACGGCUCUCUGGCAGCCGUUCUCAGCCUGCGUGACACGCUCAAGCCCGAGGCGAAGCAGACGCUGGCUGCGUUGCGACGAAUGGGUAUUCAGUGCGCAAUGGUGACUGGCGACGCAUCUGCGACAGCACGUGCGCUAGCCCGCGAGCUAGGAAUGGACGAGGAGAACGACGUCUACGCUGAGAUGAGCCCCAUAGACAAGCAAGAACUCAUCCUGCAACUUCGACGUCCUUCCACUGGUGCCGACCUCGAAAGCGGAGCCAGGUUCUCGCCCUUCCGCGCCAACGGUCAGUCCAAGUCUGGCGGCAUCGCUAUGGUGGGUGACGGGAUCAACGAUUCUCCCGCUCUCGCGUCCGCCGACCUGGGCAUCGCACUAGGCACAGGAUCCGAUGUCGCCAUCGAAGCGGCUUCGAUCGUUUUGAUGCGAUCUAGCUUGCUCGACGUCGCCGCGUCCAUCCACCUGUCGCGUCGCAUCUUUCGGCAAAUCAAGCUCAACUUUAUCUGGGCUACCGUUUACAACAUGAUCGGUAUUCCGCUGGCCAUGGGCAUCUUCUUGCCUUGGGGAUUGAGUCUGCAUCCCAUGAUGGCGGGUGCAGCGAUGGCCUUUUCCAGCGUCAGCGUGGUGGCCAGCUCGUUGACUUUGAAGUGGUACAAGCGUCCCGCUGAGCUCACUGGAGCUACCGAGGCGGAGCCGACCGAGUCAGCGCAAGUGCAGGAGAUGCUGGCCCGUUCGGAUGCAGGGGCGUUUGACCGAGUCGUCGCUAAUCUGAAGGAUGUGGGUUAUCAAGUGCUGGGCAAAGUCGAAUCGGUCCUGUCCAGCUCCGGUCUCAGGCUGGGCCGAGGAGUGGCGAGGAGACCCGCGCAAACGGAGGGGUAUCAGCAGGUGGCUUCUGAAGUUACUUAG